CUGUCGUCUGCUCACGAAGUUUCAGCAGAGAGCUCUCUGGUUACAGUACAUUGUUUUUCUCCAGUGUUUUGUGCAAGUCAGCGUUGGGUAUUUACUUGUCAAAGGAAAACAAAAACUUUGGCUCCUCGCAUCUCAGCUGAAAGCAGAACUGUUCAAUAACAUCCAAAAUUGCUUCCACCUUGAGGUGAUUUUACUAAUGUGGGAGAAAAAAACCCCUGCGGAGAGAUGUCACAUACAGAAAGUGUCCCGAGAGGAAUUUUGAACCCUGAGUUUCUCACUGCAAUGGUGACAAGCGAGUGUUUUAACCUCUACACUACCGAAAAAAGAAGCUGUCAAAUUUAUACCCUGCUGCGCCCUGCUGGGCCGUGACGGACACCAGACAUCUUCACCUUCCGGAGGGUUAGCGAGCGCUGGUGUGCGUGCCGAUCCCCAGACCGUGACGUCAGUAUGUGCGCGCCCAUAACUGUCGUCUAAGACCCGCCCUUCUUUUCACCUCUCUCGUCAAGUUGACAGCUACUUUAGAGGAUUCAAAGCCAACAAAGAUGGAAAAUAAGUAAUUGCAGUUUAAUGGUCAGCAGUAUGGUUAGCCAGAGACGACACUCUAGAAUUACUUUACUUAACUUAGUAGAACUACUGUCAAACUCUAGAACAUUGUGCUGGGGUGUAUUUUGGGGGAACGUUUGUUAGUCGGUGAAAAUCUCAGUGCGCAGGCGCGCCUUACUACACAAGCGAGUGACGUACAUAGGGGACUGGAUUAUACCGCGCUGCUGUGUGUGGGAAGUGGGAGGUGGGGUGGACCACUGCCAUCCAUUUCCCACUUCUCAGCCAGCACCCCUCUUCCGCUUGUUUUCUCCGCCCUGGCCUGUUGAGACUAGAUACAUGCGCUAAGUCAACGCCCGUGUUUUUAACCUCACAAAUCAAACAAUCGAAUUACGACACGCAUCCGUGUGCCUUGACGCCUAGACAAGACUUAUAUAUGACAUUCAUUUCUUGGAUGAAAGAGGACAUUAACAUGGACGCACCCAGCGACAGGUUUACAGAGCACACCCUCUGGUGCGUGUGUGGGUGUGAAUAUAUAUAAGCGGCAGAGUCGUGUUUUCAGCCAUGGACGAUGUGUAGAGGACGAAAGAGCCAUGCAAGAAACAGUGCUUAGAUGUUUGUACUUUGCUGUAGGCUCUGGUGUUAACCCAGACAUGAAAAAAGAUGAUUUAAUAGAAACAAUGAAGAGUUGUAGCUAUCACUUAGAGUUGUGAAACAGGUGCUGUGAUUAAGAAGGGGUUUAAUCUUUUAAAGAAAAUACACUUAAAAUCUACAGAAGAAUUUUCGAAGGAUUAAAGAGUCACUGUUUGUCCUGUGAGUGACUGGCUUUUAAUUUCUUUCAAGAAGGAGGUCUUGUGAGUAAAACAUUCGUAGCGUUGACGCUGAAAGUCUGUACAAUCACAAGAUGAACAGAACAGGGAGGGUGUUCCUCUACUUCUCGGUGUGGGUAUUCCUUGCACUCGGCGCCGUGAUUCUCAACAUCUGGAACAUAGACUGGACCCAGACACACAUUGUCCAAGGCGUCAUCAUCAUCAUCGUUCUCGGAGUGUUGCAGGGCUCGGUGCUGGAGUUUCCGGUGCAGACCAUCGCCACCCUCAUCAUCGGUGGUGAACGGCGCCACAACGAACGCGCGUCAGCCGAUAACCUCACCCUUGUCCUCAACUACAACAUCCUGGCGCUGAGCAAGGACGACAUCGAUGAAUGCUUGCACACCAUGUACGAGGCCUUUAUGGGCAACCUCUCCGAGAACAUCAGCGCCGUCCUCGUCAGCGCCACCGGCGACGAGGCUCUUAAGAAGUACGAAUUGGAGGUGCGGGACAACUAUCGGGCUCUCAUUUAUGAUGAGCUCUUCCGCGAGGGCCUCAACUAUGCAGCCGGCGACAGGUCGGCCGUAGACCCGCUGCGCCUGCAGCACGUGUGGAGUAAGUACGACCACAUCGACCAGAAUGUCUUCGCCCGCGAGUACCUAGACGGUGUCUGUGAUGAGUUUGCGCGCGAGUUCAUGGUCGUACACCGGGUCAGCCGCGUGCUGCGCAAGUGUGGACAGUACCAGGACCUGAUGUUGCUGUCAGAGGGAGACGACAAGGCUUACACCUACACGGACGCUGCCUACUAUGGACGCCACGCCCGCCCCUACAACCAGCCACUCUUCCAUCAGUCGCCCGACGUGGACAACAUCUUCCUGCGUAGGUUUGAUUACACAUUGGUGCUGGACGGUGACACAGGGGUGACGAAGGGCUCCGUCUUCGAUCUGCUGCAGGUGGCCGCCGCUAACCCCGAGCGGGGAAUCAUCCAGCCGGCCAUCAAGCUGCACUGCACAGGCACAGACACCAUGUUCAUGCACAUGGAGGCCAUGCGGCAAUCCAUCUACGAGCCUAUGACCAACGCCCUGACAGCCCUGCUGGGGCAGUCGUCCUUCUUUGGCAAGGGGCUCAUCAAGAACAGUGUGUACAUCGAGAACGUUAUCGGCACGCGAGAAAACGUCAUCGAGCGCGUCCCUAUAGAUGUGCUGAGUCACGACACGUUCGAGGCGGCGCUGCUGCGGCCCCUGUACUGCGGCUCCGUCUUCCUGCUGGAGGCCCCCUCCUACAACUACGUCAGCUGGAACAUCCGAGAGCGCCGCUGGAACCGCGGAGAGGUGUUGCUGGCUAUGUACUUCUGGAAAAACGCCAUCGGGGUGCCGAUGCGCUGGAUACAGAAGACCCUGCAGGGCAACAAGUUUGUGCCCAUCAAGCUUCGGACCGAGUCCAAGCUGGACUUUGUGACGUCGUACAUCGCGCACUCAGCGCUGCGCCAGAUGUUUAUGAAGCCCUUGCUGCUAAUCUACAUCAUCAUCCACUACCGUACCAGCCUCGUCUACCGCUGGGCCUCCAUCAUCAUCAUUAUGUUCCUCGUUCUCAUAUUCCCCAAGUUCGCCACCUGCAACCGCUCCAACUACAAGUACGUACUGCUGGAGACGCUGGCAUCCCUCGUGCAGUUCACCCCGGACUCUCUGGUCGGUUGUAUUCGCAUAGUGCGGGCCAUCCACGCCAACCUCGUACUAAACGCGAAGUGGGUACCCCAGCGAGCCGUGGAGGAGCAGUUCAAGCAGUCCAAUCCCUUUCUCUCGAGCUUCAAGCACCUGUGGGGCUAUUGCGUCUUUUCUGUCAUCGCCAUAGUCCUUGUGGUCAUCUUCGUCUCGGAGGCCAUGUUAGGGUUGAUAAUGCUCGUGACCCUUUUCCUUUUACCUUUGUACACUGGGUUCACGUCCUUGUCGCCCGACCUUCGUUCUUCCAGAGCUCUUGCACAGAGGAGACAGAACCUGGAGCAAGGUGCGGUUAACACUGUCUCCAAACCAGACGGAAAGUCGCAAACGGGAGGCGUUUCUGCUUUCGCUAAUGUUGCUUUUGUUUCAGAAGCCACACCUUCCUUUGACCUUUCUGAAGGUUACUUUCAGAGAUUGCAGCCCACUGCUCCUCCACUGUAUCCACAGCUGGACACAGUUUCUACCUUUGCUUUCAACACGAGAACUAGCGACGAAGUAUUUCCACAUGGUGUUCAGACUACUUCCGGCGAGCUCUUUUCAAUUCCUUCAGGAGAUCCCAUAAACUCACAGAAUGCGUCUACUGGAACUUUGAAUUCAGAUGGUCCUGGAGGCCAAAUACAGACCUCUUAUUAUAUCACACGUGCAAACCCAAAUGAACGAUUAGUACAUGUUUCUCCACCCGUUCUGUUAUCGGAGGUGUCUACCUGGACACACUUAUAGUCAUGUAACAUUUUUAUUAACAUUUUAUAAUUCCAUAAUGUAUGUGACAAUGUUUAUUAUUUUACUAAGAUGUUGUUUCGCUCUGAGCGCAUAAUACAUGUCAAACAUGGAAAAUAUUGUCUCUAUAAGAGAGCAAUGUCUUAAAACGGUUUUAAGAAAUGAAUAUCACAUGCUAUAUUAGGAUAGUUGUUUUUUUCUGUCACUUUAUCGGCAAUUUAAAAUGUUUCGUUUAUUAUCCUUAAAAAAAAAAAACAUGGGCCUAAUGGAUACGGCUUUUGGAUCUAAUGAAUCGAAAAUUUGGGGUUCCAGUCCCAUUCAUGUCGAAAAAUUAUUUUGAGGAUAAAAUGAAAGUGCUCUCUGAUGUGGAGCAGAAGGGCAUUGGUUCAAGGUCUGUUCUGUAGUUGGAAAAUAGGACGGAAUGAAAGAGUUGGUUUAGACCUAGACUCAGUGAACCACGCAUGGAUCAGUAAGCCAUGAAUGCCAAAAUAUGAAACCCUUUAUCACUUUCUUUACAUAUUACCUAUUUAAGCAUGCUGUACAUGAGAUAAAAAGUACAGACAUAUAUAAAAAUUGAUGGUAACUGAUUUUUUUCUAAUGUUAAUAAAAUACGGCUUUGGGGUCAACACAUAGGUAAUAAGCACCUUUACAAAUUUUUAAAAUAACUUAUGUAAAAGAUGUUAUUUAUUAUACGAGACAUAUAUGACCAACAACUACUUUGCACUUCUACUCACCUGUGAUCCUCAGAGUCUUUCGUGACGAUGAUGUCGUCUAGCAAUGUCAGUAUUUUUAGGUUUUUAAAAUGUUUUCAUUGACGUCUCGCGCAGGCGCGAGUGUGCGUGUGAAUGUGUGAACUUGUGCAUUUACGUCUACAUGUAAUAAUGAGAGCAACAACGAGGAGAGAGGACAUAAGGACCGAAAUGAACUGUAUCUGGAACCCUUCAAGGUUCUGGAAUUUCAUGGCAAUCACAUGCUAAAGAAGUAUUAAAUUAUUUUGAGACGUUUUUACAACUCUAAGUCAUAAAUUAUUCAUUAGUAUUUAUUACUAUUCCCGACAUCUAAUGAAAUCCGAUUGUCUUGUGAUGGUUGCUGUUAUCAAUUAUUUAUUUUUUUACUAUGCAAAUAUAUUUUUUCUGCCACUAAGAAAAAGAAAUGACAGCAUGGCGGAGGCAUGUUACUUUCACCAACCAGUCAUGUAUAUUAGCCCCAUUCUGUCACAAUUAUAUUCUUAGAAGAUUACUAUUUUAACGUAUGCUUUACGUAAGUGCAGAUGUGUGUAUAUGUUUGUGCGUGGGGAAAUAGGGAGGAAGAGAACAAAAAUGUGUAUGUGAGAGAGAGAGAUGAAGAAAAUAAGCUGCCCCCGUUUUCUAUUGUUGUCACUAGAGUUUUAAAACACGUUGUUGUUAAUGCUCACUCCACCGAAACAAACUGUACCAAACGAUAUUUAUUGUUUCACAGAGCUGCCACAAUGGCUGCUGUGUUUAUUUAGUCUUUCAAGUUCAAUCACGUGACAAUUCCAUUACUGCUCACAUUACCAGGUGCUAUUAAAGAAAGCCGUUUUUCUCUUGAUGUCUGCUUAAAAUGUGAUGAACAUCUGAGUUAAUCAAGUAGGUUUUAUAUCCAUAUACCAGUUUUACAACGCAACCAAAAUAUCGAACAAAAUAUUUUUUUGGAAAGUGUCUGCAAUUUGGUUCACAUUGUUUGUUUGAGUGUGUGUGGGUGUGUGUGCUCAAAUUCAGAGGGCAAAGCCCGGCCGAGUGAAGCUUGCGUCAUUUUAAUGAGAGGGUUUGCCGAAGCAACAGCCCUGAAGACAAAUGAAGUUCAGGCUUACCUGCCCGCACCUUAGUGACGUUGACAUCCGCAGUUGCGCAUCUCAUCCUUUGUGCAAACAAAGAUCUAAAGUAAGUGACGGUGUCCCUAGUUCCGCAAAAAGAAUGACAAUGCUCAGGGAAGGAUGGUAUGCGCAGGUGCUCCGGUAGGUGGUGGUGGAUGGGGGAUGAGAGUGCGCCCCCUUCUCUCCCUUGACAGUGUCCUGGAACGAGCGUUCUCCUGCUGA